UUUUUUUAUAGGCAUUUAUUUGAUUUGGGCCUUUGUACCUGAUGAGAUUUUACAUCGUCUAGGCAUCACAUACUAUCCCAACAGAUAUUGGGCAUUGGCAGUGCCAGUAUGGCUCAUGACGAUUAUCUGGUUCAUUUUUUUUGCUUACAUGAGUCUUAACUUACUAAAUACGGCACCGUUUGACUCUUAUCAUUGCAUUACGGAUGAGCAUGCGAAUAUAAUGAAUAUGGAGAGUGAAAGGAUCCGUGAUCGACCUUCUGACUGGAUUCCUGAACUUCAUGAUAUACCCAUCAGCCUAGUGAAUAUUGUCCUAUAUCAGACAAAUGGUGAAGCUUAUAACGAACCAAAACAAGCUCGAACAAAUAGCAAACGAAAUAAUAAAGGCAAAGUUUAGUGUUAACUUUAAAAAAAAAAAGAGAGCCGGGUACGACCCUUGGAUAAAGAUUAGAGAUC